GCGCUCCCGUUCCCGCCAUGUUCGUCUCCGACUGCCGCCGCGAGUUCUACGACCUGAUCGCCACCCAGCGUGUUCUUCUUCUUGUUGCUUCAGAUGUUGAUGCAUUAUGUGCUUGUAAAAUACUCCAAGCUUUGUUUCAGUGUGACCACGUGCAAUACACACUCGUGCCAGUGGCUGGGUGGCAAGAGCUUGAAACUGCCUUUCUGGAGCAUAAAGAUCAGUUCAAAUACUUUGUUCUUAUUAAUUGUGGUGCUAAUGUAGACCUCCUGGAAAUCUUGCAGCCUGAAGAAGACACUUUUUUUUUUGUAUGUGACAGUCACAGACCGAUCAAUGUAGUGAAUGUUUACAAUGACACCCAGAUUAAGCUGUUAGUCAAGCAAGAUGAUGAUCUCGAUAUUCCUGCUUAUGAUGACAUCUUCAGAGAUGAGGAGGAGGAGGAAGAGGACUCAGAGAAUGAAAGUGAUGGCUCAGAACCCCAUGAGAAGCGCAGACGUUUUGAAGAGGAGGUAAUAGAGAGGACGAUGAAAAGGCGACAAAGGCGAGAAUGGGAAGCACGCAGACGAGAAAUUCUUUUUGAUUAUGAACAAUAUGAAUACCAUGGGACCUCAUCUGCAAUGGUGAUGUUUGAUCUGGCAUGGAUAAUGUCUAAGGACUUGAAUGAUAUGCUGUGGUGGGCUAUUGUUGGCCUAACAGAUCAAUGGGUCCAAGAGAAAAUCACUCAAAUGAAGUACGUGACCGACAUCGGGAUCCUGCAGCGCCACGUGUCCCGCCACAACCACCGCAACGAGGAUGAGGAGAACUCUCUGUCCAUUGACUGCAUGAGAAUUGCAUUUGAAUAUGACCUACGCCUGGCACUGUACCAGCACUGGUCUCUCUAUGAAAGUCUCUGUAACACCUGCUACACUUCUGCCAGCCUCAAGCUUUGGUCUGUACAAGGGCAGAAGAGGCUUCAGGAGUUUUUGGCUGACAUGGGUUUGCCCUUGAAGCAAGUGAAACAGAAGUUUAAUUCCAUGGACAUGUCAUUGAAAGAAAAUCUUCGGGAGAUGAUUGAAGAAUCUGCAAACAAAUUUGGAAUGAAAGAUUUGCGAGUUCAGACUUUCAGCAUUCACUUUGGCUUUAAGAACAAGUUCUCAGCAAGUGACAUAGUUUAUGCAACAACUUCUCUCAUGGAGAACAUAGAAAAAGAGGGGCCUGAAACAACUAAUUUCAUUAAGGCUUUGGACAGUCUCUCCAGGGGUAACCUGGACAAGCUGCACCAAGGACUAGACCUAGCCAAAAAGCAGCUACGUGCCAUUCAGCAGACAGUGGCCAGCUGUAUUUGCACGAACCUUGUCAUUUCCCAGGGGCCAUUUCUCUAUUGCUCCCUCAUGGAGGGCACACCAGAUGUGAAACUGUUUUCCAAACCAGUGUCUCUAUGUCUGCUUAGUAAAUACUUACUGAAGUCAUUCGUUUGCUCUACAAAAAACAAGCGUUGCAAGCUGCUGCCCCUGGUCAUGGCUGCACCCAUGGAUGUUGAACAGGGAACUGUGAUCAUGGUGGGGAUUCCUCCAGAGACAGAAAGCUCAGACAAAAAGAACUUUUUUGGAAGAGCCUUCGAGAAGGCUGCGGAGAGCACCAGGUCCCGGACGCUGCACAACCACUUCGAGAUGUCGAUAAUUGAAUUGAAAACAGAAGAUCGGAGCAAAUUUCUGGAUGCACUCAUUUCUCUCUUGUCUUAAAGUGGUGCCUUUUGGCUUCUUGUGCUGGAAGCUGAGGAGGAGACCCUCUGAAAUGAUUUUGGAUGUUCCAAAGUUCAUGGUGCUGCAGUUUUGGUGUAUCUUAGGUAUUGGGUACAGGCCUGGACUGGUGUUUUUAUGCCUUUUGGGAGGUCAAAAGGAUUUUGACACAGAGAUAUUGAACACUUCUUUUUCUAAAUAUCUGACCCUGGUAAUGGCAAAGACUGUCACCUGGUAUUUGUACAUUGGAUUUCUAUUUAUCAAGCCUGCCUUUAUUAGUAGAUGUACUCUUGUGAUGUUCAGUUGUUGAUUGAUAAAAAAAUAGGUUUUGGAGUUCCAUAUUUAUAU